GGGGACAGCCGCAGCUUCAGUGCAGCCAGCACCACGGCACGGGGACCGCGGCCGUGUUUCUGCUCCCAGUUCUAUUAAAAGUUGUCGCCGAGAACGUCAUGGGUUUAAAAAUCGCGUGCUGCUUUCUGUUCGCGCUCGCAACGCAACGUGUCGCGGGCAGCAUCGUGGUGACCACCACUCCAGCAACUGUGGAUAUUGAGGUCGGGGAAUCUUUAGAAGUAAAAUGCAGCUGGGAACGUGGAAUUUCACGUGUAGAUUCCAACGACCCCCAUCUGUCAUGGUUGAUUCCUAUAGCAAAUACUCGAAAGAGAAUCCUUUACAAGCAGGGUCGAAUCGAGCAAGUCGAUGAGUCAAAAUUCGGGGACCGCAUCUCCAUUCAGGACGAGUUCACUCUGGUGAUUAACAACACCAUCCCCAGCGACUCGGGUUACUUUAUCUGCACCGUGUCGGCUGGGGUGGAGGGAGCGGGAGAAGCCAAGACAAGAGUCAACGUUUGCUCGCCACCACAAGUACAGAUAAUUGGAAAGCAUGAACCUGUUCAAGCAAACAAAGAUACCGUUGAGAUCGGAAUUUGUGUUACAGAGAAAGUUUUUCCACUGCCAAAUAUUACUUGGUACAAAAAUACCACCCCAUUUGAUCCAGAGUUGCAUCAGCGUUCCGUCGUGGAGUAUGACGAGAUGGGCUUCAUUACGGUGCGCUCCUCCCUCAACUACAAACCCCAGAAAGCGGACAGAGACGCCACGUACCACUGCCGCAUCAGCUACAAGAUGCCCGGACUGAUACAAACCAUGGAUUCGCAAAGAAUCAACAUCAUAGUUCACUACCCUGCGGAGCGCGUAGAGCUCGUCAUCUGGGAACCCAAGGGGGCCACGCACGUGACGGAGGGCGAUGAUGUCGUCCUGAGAUGCGUGGCGGACGCCAACCCGCCCUCGACCUUCGCCUUCUACAACAAUGGCACCCAGAUACUGGACGGAGUGAUCGGAGACAAGAUGGCUUUAGAUGACAUUGGACGCUCCCAGAUGGCGGAAUAUUCAUGCGUCGCUCUCACGAACUUCGUGGCCGCCGUGCCCGGAGGGCAGCUGGAGGCAAAGCUGUUCCUGGACGUUCGAGAGGACAAAACAACCACCAUCAUCAUCGCAGUGACAGUCUCGAUGGCGGUGCUGAUCGCGACCGCAACGGUGCUUGGCCUCUUCUUCACCAAGAAGCUUUGCUUUGCUUCGAAAGGAGAUCAACGUAAAACGGAAGACGAUAAAGAGGAAGAUAUACCAAUGAAGAAUUCAACCGCUCCGCAUGAAUCAGAACCUCCAAUCUAUGAAGCCUAAGAAUAUGGUAUGUUUUGGAUCUGCACAUCAGAAUACAGUAGGUCCUCGCAUUUAACACGUGCUGUUCACCAAGGCGUUUUCACUCUAAAACUUUUUUCAUACAAUGUGGAAUGCGCACAGUUAUACCACGGAACAG